CAUUGAAGCUCUUUACUCAUCAUCUCUCUCUACAUACAGAGCCCCAAUUUCUGAAAUUUCCGGCCACCGAAAUGGGCGCGAACGCUUCUUCUACGGCGGAAGAGCCCGAAGGCCCGAGAUCGAGGCCCAGAUUGGAGGAUAUACCGGAAUCAUGUGUCGCCCUAGUGCUCUCCUACCUCGACCCGCCCGAGAUCGCCAAGAUGGCCCGUAUUAAUCGGGCUUUCCGGGCCGCGUCGACGGCCGAUUUUAUCUGGGUUCCUAAAUUGCCCUCCAAUUUUGAGUAUAUUCUGUCCAAGCUGCCUGAUCCGGCUCUACGGGACAAGAGGAAGAUGGACAUCUACGCCCGGCUGUGCAGGCCCAUCACCUUCGAUGGUGGCACGAAGGAAGUGUGGAUUGAUAAGAGAAGUGGAGGGGUCUGUUUGGCAAUUUCUUCCAAGGCUAUGGCGAUAACCGGAAUUGAUGAUCGGCGGUAUUGGAAUCAUAUUCCAACUGAUGAAUCUAGAUUCCAAACAGUGGCAUACCUUCAGCAAAUCUGGUGGCUGCAAGUGGAUGGGGAGCUCGACUUCCAGCUCCCCAAAGGGACAUACAGCCUCUUCUUCCGAUUACACCUUGGGAAAGUCGGUAAGAGGCUAGGCCGCCGUGUCUACAAUCACGACAAUGUGCAUGGCUGGGACCUCAAGCCAGCACAGUUCCAGUUGACAACGCAGAAUGGCCAUCGUGCAGUCACCCGCUGCAUGAUCGAAAACUUAGGAAACUGGGCCAACUACCACGUUGGGGAAUUUGUUGUUGAGGACCCAAACUCAUCGACCAAGGUCAAGUUCUCCCUCACUCAGAUUGAUUGCACACACACCAAAGGUGGCCUGUGUGUGGACUCUGUGCUGAUACGUCCGAGUAGUUUAGGGAAGGAGGUCCUCUCUGUGGAUGGCGAAGCAUGUAGGAAGCCUUUUGUUGGUUGCUGAUGAGUGAUGAUAGAAUUAGAGGUGAUUGGUAGGAAUUUGAGAUGUAUAUAUCUGCAAUUUUUUCAUGUGUGUUCUGUGAUUCUUGCCAUUUUUGGUGGUAGUUGGAUGCAUCUUGUGUGUAUAUUCAGGAAGUCUGAUGUUACUUUUUUGACAAGAUUAAGGUUUUUGGUCUCUGGUUCUUUUGA